CGUGAGCCCGGGAGCGGGAGGAGAGGUCUCCCGGGCCUGGACGCUAGGAGUUGGGCUGAGGAUUUCCACCCGAUCCUCGAACCUCCGGCCUGUCCCAUAGACGCCCCUCCCUGUUCAAGCAGCCUGUCCCACAUCUAUUCCUGCGUCUGUUAAAGAUGGGGAAACUGAGGCAUAGGGAGCGGGGGCAGCGGGGGAGGACAGGGAGUGCUAACAGAACCAGAAGCAGGGUCUGCCUCCCGCCACCUCGGGGGGCCGACUUGCCCCUCUUGGGUUUCGUCGGGGGUCUCAAAUCCGAGGAGGCCCAGCUGGAAUCCGCCUGAGGGUGUCCCCGCUAAGAUGCUCAAAUGGGGAAAGCGAGGCCCGGGUUGGGGAAAGAACUUGCCCGAGCCGCCGAGCGCGUCUGCCGGGGAGGUCGGGGCGGGGGCGACGCGCAAGACUGAGGCUCCGGAACCCUGGCAGGGCGCGGAGGAGUCUGCGGGGCGGGGCCGCGGCGCGCGCUGAUGACGCAGCCGGCGCGGCGGCCCUAGCGACGCUGUUACUAGGGAGCGGCGCGCCGCGACGGCUGCAUGGACGCGUCUACAGCCCCGCACCGUAUCCCACCCGAGAUGCCUCAGUACGGGGAGGCGAACCACAUCUUCGAGUUGAUGCAGAACAUGCUGGAGCAACUUCUGAUCCACCAGCCUGAGGACCCCAUCCCCUUCAUGAUCCAACACUUGCGUAGAGACAACGACAAUGUGCCGAGGAUUGUAAUACUAGGUCCACCCGCCUCGGGGAAAACAACCAUAGCAAUGUGGCUCUGCAAACAUCUGAACAGCAAUCUCCUCACUCUGGAGAGCCUGGUCUUAAAUGAGUUUUCAUAUACAGCCGCCGACGCCAGGAGGCUUUAUCUGCAAAGGAAGACAGUUCCCAGCGCACUGCUCGUCCAACUGAUUCAGGAACGCUUGGCUAAAGAGGAUUGCGUCAAGCGGGGCUGGAUUCUAGACGGCAUCCCUGAGACGCGUGAGCAGGCUCUGAGGAUCCAGACCCUUGGGAUCGCCCCCAGACACGUCAUCAUGCUGAGUGCUCCAGACACGGUCCUGAUCGAGAGAAACUUGGGGAAGAGAAUCGAUCCUCAAACUGGAGAGAUUUAUCACACCACCUUUGACUGGCCACCUGAAUCUGAAACUCAGAACCGUCUGAUGGUGCCAGAGGGCAUCUCAGAGCUGGAGACGGCUCAGAAACUGCUGGAGUAUCACAGGAACAUCGUCAGGAUCAUCCCCUCCUACCCCAAGAUCCUCAAGGUCAUCAGUGCUGACCAGCCGUGUGUGGACGUCUUCUACCAAGCUCUGACCUAUGUCCAAAGCAACCAUCGUACUAAUGCCCCGUUCACCCCGAGGGUGCUGCUGCUCGGGCCCGUGGGCAGUGGGAAAAGUCUGCAGGCUGCCCUCCUGGCCCAGAAAUACAGGCUUGUCAACGUCGGCUGUGGGCAACUGCUGAAAGAGGCCGUGGCAGACGCGACCACGUUUGGCGAGCACAUUCGGCCCUAUUUUGAAAAGGGGAUGGCAGUUCCUGAUAGCCUCCUCGUGAAGGUGCUGAGCCAGCGCCUGGACCAGCAGGACUGCAUUCAGAGAGGCUGGGUGCUGCACGGCUUCCCGAGGGACCUGGACCAGGCACACCUGCUGAAUAGCCUGGGCUACAAUCCCAACAGGGUGUUUUUCCUGAAUGUGCCGUUUGAGUCCAUCAUGGAGCGGCUGACUCUGAGAAGAACUGAUCCAGUCACGGGGGAAAGGUACCACCUCAUGUACAAGCCACCUCCCACCAUGGAGAUCCAGGCUCGUCUCCUGCAGAACCCGAAGGACUCUGAAGAGCGGGUCAAGCUGAAAAUGGAUCUGUUCUACAGGAACGCGGCUGACUUGGAGCAGCUGUACGAGUCGGCCAUCACCCUCAAUGGGGACCAGGACCCAUACACAGUCUUCGAAUACAUCGAGAGCGGGAUCAUCAAUCCCCUGCCCAAGAAAAUCCCCUGACGGGUUCGGAGCCAGGAGUGCCCCCCAGGGAAAUGAGUUCAUCCCCUACCCCCCACCUCUGGAAAGCUCCCCUAAAAAGCCAAUAAAGAAUGCUGGGUACCGUCUCCUGGAUCCUGAAGG